CCGGGUCAGGCUGAGGCGCGGCGGUGCGAGGCGCUGUCAGAGGCGCGCUGUGAGUCUGGCCCAGCCCGUACCCGGAGCGCCACUGCUGCUGCCAUGGAGCCCCACCGCUGGCUGCCCCUGGAGGCCAACCCUGACGUCACGAAUCAGUUCCUCAAACAGUUGGGUAUACAUCCUGACUGGCAAUUUGUAGAUGUUUACGGUAUGGAACCAGAGCUGCUUAGCAUGGUGCCAAGACCUGUAUGCGCAGUGCUACUUCUCUUUCCAAUAACAGAAAAGUAUGAAACCUUCAGAACAGAAGAAGAAGAGAGAAUAAAAGCUAAGGGACAAGACGUGAAAUCAUCAGUGUAUUUCAUGAAGCAGACCAUUAACAAUGCUUGUGGAACAAUUGGGCUAAUUCAUGCUAUUGCAAACAACAGAGAUAAAAUGAACUUUGAAACUAAUUCCUCACUGAAGAAGUUCCUAGAAGAUUCAUUAUCUAUGACUCCUGAAGAGAGGGCCAAAUAUCUAGAAACUUAUGAAGCUAUUCGUGUCACUCAUGAAUCCAGUGCCCAUGAAGGUCAGACUGAGGCACCAAGUAUAGAUGAAAAAGUAGAUCUUCACUUUAUUGCAUUAGUUAAUGUAGGUGGUCAUCUCUAUGAAUUGGAUGGGCGCAAGCCAUUUCCAAUAAACCAUGGGGAAACCAGUGACGAUUCCUUUUUAGAGGAUGCAAUAGAAGUUUGCAAGAAAUUCAUGGAACGUGACCCAGAAGAAUUAAGAUUUAAUGCAAUUGCACUGUCUGCAGCUUAAAAGCCUUUUCCAGUGAGACUAUUGCAAUGUAUUUUAACAAUAAACUGUUGCCAUAUGUUAAUAAUACAAAUUUUGAUACUUCCCUAAUGUGUUGAUUAAUCGUAGCAUACGUGGAAAAAACUUUGCAUUUGUCCUUGCUAUAUUUUGCUGCUUGUUCCUACAGCAACUUUGGGUAUUUAUAUACAAGCAUGCAUUUUGUGCAAGAUUUCUAUGUGGUGGGUUUUUUCCCUUCCACCCCCUUAAAAUUUUCAGAAAUUACUAUCUGUGAUGUUUCAUCAUGAUAACGAUGAGCUAGUUCAGAGCAGGAUUAUUGUUUGUAUCAUUAACAGAUAACAUUCUGAGUGGAGUAUAUGGUAUGUUAAUGAGUGAAAACUUGGAAUAUGAGGCUAUCUCCAUCUUUUAUUUAUAAUGGUGCAAGAAUACUCUAAGAACUUCUUCAAGUGAAUCCAAUGACAAAGACAUUUUUUUCAGUGCAUUAUUUAUAAAUAAAUAUAUGGAAGAAAAAAAGCAGAAAAAGGACUGUUCUUCCUGUUGGUGAGCACUAACAUUUUGAAAUUAUCCUAAUGUUUACAUUUUGAAUAAAACUUGUUUGUUUCUCAAGCCUAAUAAUGUUAAUAAAUUGUCAAAAAGCUUUAGUUAAACCAAUGUUUGCUAUUUGUAUACGUGGAAAAACAAUGUGCAUUUUUGCCCCGGAAAAGGCACACUGACUAGUUCAAAUGGUAGGACUGUGGAGGGCACACACAGAUGAAUACAGCAAUGUGAAGUCUCUCACCUAACUGAAAUAAAUUAUAGAAAAGUAA